GCUGGCUCAAGUCUCAAACACAAUCUUUUUAGCUCUUCAUUUCACAAGGGUCUUCCACCCAAGCUUCAUUGCAACAUUUUUAGCUGUUUGGUUUGCAAAUUUGAAAGGUAAAGGGUUUCUCAGCUUUUGAGUUUCAAGGAUUUGGGUUGCCCUGGGAUUAAUUUUGGAAGUUAGAUAGUGUUUGGUUCAAAGAUUAUGGCAAGGAAGAAUAGGAGAAAGAAGGAAGAGAUUGCAGAAGAUUACUGCUUCAUCUGCAAAGAUGGAGGGUUGCUCAUGGUCUGUGAGUACAAGGAUUGUCUUAAAGCGUAUCAUCCUCAUUGUGUGGGAAGAGAUGAUUCUUUUGUGAAGACUGUAGAUCGCUGGACUUGCGGUUGGCAUUCUUGCUUCAUUUGCCAGAAAAACUCAAAAUUUCAGUGCUUUUGUUGCCCAAAUGCUGUUUGUGGACGCUGCAUCUGUGAUGCUGAGUUUGCAUGUGUUAGAGGGAAGAAAGGAUUUUGCAAUCACUGCUUGAUUCUUGCACAACUUAUAGAAGAAAACAUCGAUGUCGACUUUGAUGGGGGCAAGAUAGACUUCAAAGAUAGAGAUACAUAUGAGGGCCUUUUCAAGGAAUAUUGGGAGAUAAUCAAAGAAAAGGAAGGGUUAACUUCAAAGCAUGUCCAUUCCGCAGAUAAAUUACUGAAGAAGAAUAAGAACUACAGGGCUGGCUAUGAUUCAAAUGAAACUUGUGAAGGGGAAGAAGAUGAAGACGAUGAUCAAUUUGACGAAGAAAGUCACCUUAUAGUAUCUGAUUAUGAGGACCUGGAUGAUAUAGUAGAAAACAAGGCUGUGGGAAAAAGGAAGAGAUCCAAGGGAGAUAAAAGUGCAAUGAAAAAGAAGGCAAAAUCAAAGAAAAAGGAGUUCAUUGGAUGGGGCUCAAGACCUCUCAUAGAAUUUCUUUCUUCUAUCGGUAAAGAUUCAACCAAAGAAUUAUCACAAAAUGAUGUUACGACUAUCAUUACUGAUUAUUGUAGAGAGAACAAGCUUUUUGACCCAGAAAAAAAGAAGAGAGUUCUUUGUGAUGAGAGGCUACAAUCUCUCUUAGGAAGAAAGUCGGUGAUUAAAAAUAGUAUACAUAACCUCCUGAAAGCUCACUUUGCUGUGAACCUUGAGCAAUGGGAGGAAUCUGAGUUUGGGUGUAGUUCAGAAGAAAGGGAUGAAGGUGUUUUGUUCCCCUCUAAAAGGCAAAGAAAGUUGAGCUCAGAUGGAAUAUCUCUGAAGGAAUCAACUCCAAUUGUAACUCCAGUUGUACAGCGAAGCUGUUUUGCAUCCAUAGUUGUUGAAAACAUCAAGCUUGUCUAUUUGAAGAGGAGUUUAGUGGAAGAGCUGUUGAAGCAGCCUGAAACUUUUGAAGGCAAAUUAAUGGGAAGUUUUGUGAGAAUAAAGUCAGACCCAAAUGACUACUUGCAAAAAAAUACUCAUCAGCUUGUGCAAGUUAAAGGCAUAAAGAGAGCUUCAACAAAUGGUGAAACACUCCUACAAGUUUCCAAUCGUCCAAAAGAUGUAUCCAUUUGCAAGCUUUCUGAUGAUGACUUCUCUAAGGAAGAAUGUGAGGAUCUGCUCCAAAGAGUGAAAGAUGGCCUGCUCAGAAAGCCUACUGUUGUGGAGUUUGAGGAGAAGGCUAGAACUCUGCAUGAGGAUAUAAUAAAGCAUUGGAUUGUGCGAGAGCUGAUUUUAUUGCAAAGACGCAUUGAUCAGGCAAAUGAAAAGGGCUGGAGAAGAGAGCUUUCUGAAUACAUGGAUAGAAAGAUGCUGCUUCAGAAACCAUCAGAACAGUCACGGUUGCUGCAUGAGGUUCCAGAAGUAAUUGCUGAUGUAGUAGAGGAUGAACUCACUUUUGAGGACUCUUCUAGAAAAGAUAAACAAGGAUGCUUGCCAGAAUUAGCCCCUGGGACUUCUGAACUCCCCUGCACUGAUUUAAAAGGCAAAGGAACUUCUUGCUACCCAAAUGGUGGAAAAUAUCCUGCAGCUUUUGUUGCCCCAGUAAAGGCAGUCCAAUUCCGUGUGCCUAUCCCAGAAGAGAAGCAGCAGUCUGAAGGAUCUCUAUACAAAAAAUCAACUGAACAAUUUCAUAAAUUUGCCCCUGAUGUUAAAGGUGACGACAUUCUUCAAAGAGAGCAGCACUAUUCCAGGGCUUUGCAUCCUGAAGUUUUGCCACAAGGAUCUCUCACUUUUACUCCUGAAGUAAAGCAGCGCCGUUCAAAGUCAUUGCUUCUUGAAGAAUUGCCACAAAAAUCACGCACUUUUGCUCUUGAGGGCCAUUGCGAUGUUAUUUCUCCAAAAAUAAGUCAUGAACAGACAAAUGAGAAAAAGCAAAACAUGUCAACAGUUGAGUUUAUUGAGUUAAGUGAUGAUGAUGAACAAAUUCUGAAUCAUGCACCUAGAAAGCAAGCAAUUGAGAACACUGGAUGCUCUAUAUGGUAUUGUGUGGGUCCACAUGGUGAAAAAAGGGGUCCCUUUUCGAUGUCGGUGCUCAAACGUUGGAGUGAUACUAAUUCUCCAUUGAACUUCAAGGUUUGGAGGAAAGAUCAGAGUGAACAAGAUGCAGUCUCCUUGACCGAAGCUCUUAGCCAGAAUUUUCCCCAAAACUGAAGCUCUUUGCCAGAGAAUUUUCCCCAAGAUCUGAGUCAUGCACCUUGAAAGCAAGCAGUUUAGAAUUGUGAAUGCUCUUUAUGGUAUUAUGUGGGUCCACAUGGUGAAAAAAGGGAUCCUUUAUCAAUGUCAUUGCUCAAAUGUUGGAGCAAUACUAAUUCUUAUACAUCAAAUUUCUAGGUUUGGAGGACAGUUCAGAAUGAAAAAGAUGCAAUCUCUUUGACUGAAGCUCUUUGUCAGAAUUUUCCCUCAAACAGAAGAAAAAGUUAGGUUUUUGUUACUAUGAUGUCUGUUAUAUUUGAAGUCUAUGGAGUAGGAAACAGGAAGAGUCCAACUAGCUAUGAACUUGUUAGUUGAAAUGCAUCAUGUGUAUAUCUUCAAAUGGAACUAGAAUGUAAGUAUACUCAAGAAAGAAUCCUGUAGAUAGAAUAGAUGUCCUGAUCUGAAAAUUUUAGGUUGCAACUGCUGCUAUUUGCAGUGUGAUGUACAUGACAAUAGUAUAUUACAUGGAUGUUAAUUUGUUCUAGAGGUUAUCUCUUAA